CCCCGUGUCGCUGUCCAGUCGGGCAGGAGGUCUUUGCGGGGGAGGCGGGGCGGGCUCUCUGCACGUGCUCGGAGGCUCCCUUGCCCUGCCCGCUUCCCCUCCCCAGCCCGGCCCCCUCGGAGGCCGCCUCCGCCCUGCUCUCCCCCCGCGCCCCUCCGACCGCCUCCGCCAGUCUGCGCCGCGCGCCCCGAGCAGCUGCCGCCCGUCCCGUCCCGCCCGGAGGAGCCCCCCAGGAUGACGCCGGCCGCCCUCGCCCCUCUGCUGCUGCCGCCGCUGCUGCUGCUCUGCCAAGUGCGGCCGAGCCGAGCCCAGGACCCCCCGGCCGCCCCCGACGCCAACUACACCAGGCCCGUCUUCCUCUGUGGCGGCGACCUCACCGGAGACAGCGGCUACGUGGCCAGCGAGGGCUUCCCGGCCCACUACCCGGCCAGCCGGACCUGCACUUGGACCCUCACGGUGCCGGAGGGCCAGGUGGUGAUGUUAUCUUUCCGGGUUUUUGAUCUGGAGCCGGACUCUGUCUGUCGCUACGACUACCUGGAGGUGUACAACGGGCACCAGGCUGUGAACGGGCAGCGCCUGGGCCGCUUCUGUGGCACCUUCCGCCCGGGGGCCAUCCUCGCCACCAGCAACCGCAUGAUGCUGAAGAUGGUGUCUGACGAGGGCACCAGCGGGCGAGGAUUCCUUGUGUGGUACAGCGGUGGUCUUCCUCACAUCAACGAGAACCAGUUCUGUGGGGGUAAACUGGAAAAGCCCCAGGGCACCCUGAAGACCCCCAACUGGCCGGAGAGUGACUACCCCCCUGGAAUCAGUUGCUCCUGGCACAUCAUUGCCCCAAUGGACAAGGUGAUUAUGUUGACCUUCGGGAAGUUCGAUGUGGAGCCGGACACCUACUGCCGCUACGACUACGUUGCGGUUUUCAACGGGGGUGACCGGGACGACUCACAGCGGAUCGGCAAGUUCUGCGGAGACACUUCGCCCAGCCCAGUCUACUCGGAUGGAAAUGAACUGCUGGUCCAGUUUGUCUCGGACCUCAGCGUCACGGCCGACGGCUUCUCUGCUUCCUACCUGGUGAAGAGCCGCAGCGAGCUGAUUGACAAAGCUGUCCCCAAGCCCCCCAGCCGCGUCUUCCCAGGCACCAAGCCGACCCAGGCGGGCACCAGGCCUGGCCCAGCCAAGCCCAAACCCACCAGCAAGCCAGCGGGGCGCCCCAAACAGCCGCCGGUCCAGAAACCAAAACCACCAAAACCUCGACCCAACGCUGCCGUGCCCACAGCAACCAGCCCCAGUGAGAUCGUGUGCCCACAGCAGUGCCGACGGAUGGGGACCCUCAUGAGCAAUUUCUGCCUCAGGGAUUUUGUCAUCACAGGGACAGUGAAAGCUGCCAUCCGAGGGGCUGGGAGCCGCGUGACCGCCAUCGUGCUGCCCAUGAACACUUACAAGGCCGGCACCCUCAGCCUCCCACCGACAGGAAGUGAUGCCGUCCUCCGCCUGGAAGUGCCCUGCAGGCAGUGCGCUGUCCUCAAGAAAGGUGCCAGCUACGUCUUCAUGGGCACGGUGGGGGCUGACGGGCAGGGCCUCCUCCCCCCCGGCAGUUUUGUGGUUCCCUUCCGCCAGCAGCAGCACCAGAUCCUCACCAACUUCAUCAAGCGCCCUUGCCCUGCCCCACCGGCCAGGAACCGGACCUGAGCUCUCCUGCAGGCCCUCCGGGGGGGCCAGACCCGGCUCCCUGCGUUCAAUAAAAGGGGGAAAGUGCC